AUGACGCUGGUUCCUUGGAAGCUGGGUCGACCCCUAGUCUGGGAUGCCACGUGCGUGGACACCGUCGCACCUUCCCAUCUUCCAGGGACCUCGGUUAGGGCUGGCGCUGCUGCUGAUGCGGCCGAGCAUCUUAAGCGGCGCAAAUAUGCAGCCAUCGACGCCGGCUACAUAUUUGAGCCCUUUGGCGUAGAGGCGCUUGGGCCGUGGGGUCAAGGCGCACACGGCAUUUUUAAGGAGCUGGCUAAACGUCUUAUAGACGCGUCGGGUGACCGGAAGGCUGGGGCUUACCUUGCCCAGCGUAUUGGCAUUGCCGUUCAGCGCGGCAAUGCUGCCAGCCUUCUGGGCACCCUACCGACGUACUGCGUGGACAAGCAGAUCCCGGACUCGGCGUGCACGGCGACGGCGUACCUGUGCGGCGUGAAGAACAACUACGGCACGCUCGGCGUGACGGCCGCCGUGCCGCGCCGCGACUGCGCCGCCUCCGCCGACCCCGCCACGCACCUCGACUCCAUCGCCGCCUGGGCGCUCGCCGACGGCCGCAGCGCCGGCAUCGUGACAACAACUCGCAUUACGCACGCGUCUCCCGCCGGCGCAUACGCCAAUAUCGCCAACCGUGACUGGGAGGACGACAGUGAGAUCCGCGCCGCCGGCCACGACACCGCGCUCUGCCCCGACAUCGCCGACCAGCUCGUCAACUCUCAUCCCGGCAACAAGUUCCAGGUGAUUUUGGGAGGUGGGCGUCGCGCAUUCCGGCCAAACACUACUCUUGAUGAGGAGGGUCAGCCGGGCCGGCGCUGGGACGGUCGCGAUCUGGUCGAGGAAUGGCGCGCACAGCAUGACGAGGCCGGGCAAUCGAACGCUUACGUCUGGAACCGAACCGAGCUUCUCGGCGCCAUAAAUAAUCCACCCGAUUACCUGCUGGGUCUGUUCGAGAGCGGCCACAUGCAGUACGCGGCGGAGGCGCGCCAGGCCGGCAACGACGAGCCCACGCUGGCCGAGAUGACGGAGGCCGCCAUCCGCGUGCUGUCCAAGAACCCGCGCGGCUUCUUCCUGUUCGUGGAGAGCGGGCGCAUCGACCACGCCCACCACGACAACAUGCCGCACCUGGCGCUCGACGAGACGCUGGCGCUGGCCGCCGCCGUGACGCGCGCCGACGAGCUGCUGCCGCGCGCCAGCUCGCUGCUCGUGCUCACGGCCGAUCACUCACACGUCAUGGCGUACAACGGCUACUCGCGCCGCGGCAAUGACAUCCUCGGCGUGUCCGAUGACCUAGGCGACGACGACGUGCCCUACAUGACGCUCUCCUACACCAACGGGCCCGGCUACCGCCCUCACGUCGACGGCAGGCGCGCCGACGUCACCAGCGACAACACCUUCCAGGCGGUCGCUUGGAAAAGCCACGCGGAGGUGCCGCUGGAGUCGGAGACGCACGGCGGCGAGGACGUGGCGGUGUUCGCGCGCGGGCCGGCGCAGGCGCUGUUCACGGGGCUGUACGAGCAGAGCCAGCUGCCGCACCUCAUGGCGCACGCGGCGUGCCUGGGCCCGGCCGCGGCGCGCCGCGCGCUCUGCAGCGGCGCCGCGCUCGCCGCGCCCGCCGCCGCGCUCUUGUUCAUGCUCCUCGCGGCGCUCUUCCGCAUGCACUGA